CAAAUGUUUUACGAUAUGCGCAUGCUCCACACAGCCCAAUUAAAAAGGAGCGGACAGUCAGCUUGUGUGAGGAGAGUCAGAGAAGCCGUCCUCUUCGCCGCAUCACCCACUGUUACCACGAUGUCUAAACCGAAGUUUCAGACGGAGUGGGAGGAAAUUGACGAUGAAUAUCAACAAUUACAGGAAACUCACAAAAUAUACAGACAAAAGCUUGAGGAGCUCACCAACCUCCAAGCAACAUGCAGCAGUGCCAUCAGUAAACAGAGAAAAUGCCUCAAAGACUUGAGGCAAAGCUUGAAAAAGUGUGCACAAGCAUGUGAUGAAAAGCAACUCGAACUAAUAACUGACAUCAAAACACAAAUCAAAGAGAAAGAAAACGUGUUCUUUGAUAUGGAAGCAUAUUUGCCAAAGAAGAACGGACUCUACCUGAAUUUAGUCCUGGGCAAUGUGAACGUAACGCUUCUCAGCAACCAGGCAAAAUUUGCCUACAAAGACGAGUAUGAGAAGUUCAAGCUUUAUAUGACAAUAAUCUUGAUGUUUGGAGCCAUAACCUGCCUCUUCUUUCUCAACUGUCGUGUCACUGAUGAAAUCUUCAACUUUUUGCUGGUGUGGUACUAUUGCACAUUGACGAUAAGGGAAAGCAUCCUCAUGAGCAAUGGCUCCAGGAUUAAAGGAUGGUGGGUUUCUCACCAUUAUGUGUCCACCUUUCUGUCAGGUGUGAUGCUUACCUGGCCAGAGGGGCCCAUGUAUCAGAUGUUCAGAAGUCAGUUCCUUGCUUUCUCCAUCUAUCAGAGUUUUGUCCAGUUCCUCCAGUAUUACUACCAGAGCGGCUGCUUGUACAGGCUGCGAGCUCUGGGUGAGAGGAAUCAGCUGGACCUCACAGUGGAGGGAUUUCAGUCCUGGAUGUGGAGAGGCCUCACUUUUCUUUUGCCAUUCCUCUUUUUUGGCCAUUUUUGGCAGCUGUACAAUUCGGUGAGCCUGUUUCGCUUGGCAGGACAUGAGGAUUGUAAGGAGUGGCAGGUGUUUAUGCUGGCGCUGACAUUUCUCGUCUUAUUCCUGGGAAAUUUUCUCACCACGGUAAAAGUCGUCCACCAAAAAGUUCAGAAAAACCAGGAAAAGGUGCAAAAAAAUGACUGAGAAUAAACUCAAAGGGACAUUUCAGAUUCUUCAAAUGGGCCAGUAAUCUUGAAGCAACACACACACAAUCGCUUGACAGACUGUGCGCAGUACGAUCAAGUCGGGAGAAGACAAAAGCUUGAAGCCGCCGUUUCUCUCAGGCUUUGAUGACCACAGCAGCGUCCAGCCAAAGCAUUCGGCCAACAGGCUUUUGCUUUCUAAAGACUCCUCGUCGUCGUCGUCGUCGGUUUGCUGCACAUACGGUCACGACACAUAGCGGUGUUGGCCUGAUAGAUGAACAGUUUGUCGCUUUAUCCUGUACAUAAAGAAAGUGAGUGGAAAGAAUGUGUUUUUAUUUGUGUCUGUGCGUUAAUCUGUCAGAGAGGCUUUGUUCAAAUCAUAUGCAACGGAACAAGAACAGAACAUAAGUUUUCCUUUGAAGACCGAAGUCUGUCAUGUACAUACUUCAUACUUCUGUGAAGUAGCGAUGAUCAAACUGUCUCUGGCUCAAACUAAAUUGGACAUGUUCACUUCUGCACUGCGCUUCAUUUCUCAAGCUUUUUUUAAUGUGUAGUACUCAGCUCCCUAUUGUGCUAUUUCACUGCUAACCACUAUUUUUUUACUAGAUUUUUGUUCUUGAAAAAUGACAAAUGUAGGUCAACGACUUCAAAAAAAAAAAAAAAAAAAACAACCCAUAAACCUGAUACUUGACUGCCCAAAACAACCUUCAUUUUCAGAAGAAAUAGUGAAAAAAAAAGUCUGGAGUUCAGCAGCGGUUCUGCUUCUGUUGUUUUCUUGAUUCCUCGAAAGUAUCACAACUACGAAGGACUGCGAUGCUGUUUCUCCCUUUCAGGCUACGGUUACAAAAGCCAUAACUGUUUUUUUGUAUAAUGGAAUGCAUAAACUUGGUUCUCUGGCUAAGUCACAAAAGCACGCACAAACUUGAACUGUCUCUACAAAAACUGUUGAAAGGACAAAGGAGAGUCCAUACGAGCUCCUUCCUUGUAGUUACACUUCUAUGUUGUCAUUUAACUUAAUGCUGACAAAUUGUAAUAUAUACUUAGGUCUAAAUCUUACUGGUGUAGGAGCUUCAAGCUUAAACAUUUUUACACAAAACCCUCAGGUUAGAGGUUAAGAGUUCAAAUUCAGUUUAACACUUGAAGUCAAUGCACAGAGUUGGGUUUAUUAAUUAGCACGCUGGUUGUUCCCAUCUUGUUAUGUGAUGUUACACAAAUGUAUUAUGAUGCUGCUAUUGGCACUGGUACUGUAAGGUUAUGAUACAGAAUGAUGAUAAAAAUUAUGUGAUGGAUUAUUGUUUUUUUUAAUUCUAAUUGACAAACUAAAUUAAAUAUUUGUAUGAAUUAAUUUACGGCCAAAUCUGGCACUUUUUGCUCUGGUUCACUGUAGUUUUGUCUGAUUUGUGUUUCAUGCAUGUUCAAAAAUUACUCAAGUGUCUUUGUUGUUGUUUUUUUGUCGUUUUUUUGGGGGGGGCGGGUUUGUUGUUUUUUUUUAUCAAGGGUUCAGAUGGGUUCAAACUAAUUGAUCUGAUCAAUGUCUCUAAUGCCUUUUUCUCCCUUUAGCCUAUCACAGCAAAAAUGCCCUACGUCUUCUGUUUGGAAAAUCCAAAGACAGUAGCGUUGCAUUUAUGUCCACAGUUAAUCUCCUGAAGAGAAUCACAGUAUUUAUGUGUCAUGUUUAUUGAGGGAAACGUACAUCAUCCUACCGAGUUCCAGACCAAACUGUUACACUUAUGCGAGCUGCCAGAAUGCACAAAACAACUUGAUGUCCUCAUUUAUAUAAUGUAGCUGAUGUUUAAAGUGUUUUCAUCUUUUAUUUCAGGAUUGUAAACUGGUGCCUGAACAGGAUCAGUAACGAGACGGUUGACAAUUUCUCAAUCUGUGUACAUUGUUGUAAAAAAAACAAAAAAAAAUAUUAAUAAUGAAACACCUAAUUAAAAAUUGUAGCUCUU